UCCUAACAUGAACAGCGGGCGUGUCUAAGGGAUGCUGGGAAUAUUAAUAAAGCCUGCCUUCAGAUGAAGUAUAAAAGGUUGUUUUUGUGGCAGCGGUGAAGUUCUUCUCCAUUCACUUCAGUCAGAACUUUGGUUAUUUAGUAUUUGUGUCCAGCUCCUCUCCAUUAUGGCAACUCUGUGGAUACACACUGCUUCACUGCUGAUCUUACUGGUGACGUCUUUUCCAACGACACAAGCCGCCACUAUGCAGCAUCUCUGUGGGAGUCACCUGGUUGAAGCCCUGUACAUCGUUUGUGGAGACGGAGGCUUUUUCUACAACCCUCAGAACGUUCCUGCCAGCCCAGUCCAGAGCAGAGCGGCAUCCGAAACCGAGGGCGCGGCCUUUCGGGACCAGAUGAAGGCGAUAGCUAAACGAAACAUUCUGGAGCGCUGCUGUUACACGCCCUGCACCAUCUACGACCUGGCGAGCUAUUGUUCCUGAAGAGCCGGCACAAACACCUGCACUUGGACCAGUCGCUGUUAGAUUAGCUUAUAGAGCAGUAUUCAAUUAGCUAUUCAAGUGUCAGCAACAGUAGUGUUCUUAUUGUUAGCAAUCCGUUUUUAAAGAAUGUGCUGAUAAAUUAUUGAAAUAAAUGAUGAAAAAUAAAAAAAAUUCUGUGCUCGAA